ACGGGCUCCAGCGCGUGGUGUUCUGCGCGUCUAGAAUGCACGCACUGUCCGCGUGCGUCCUCGUAGCCGCGCGCCUGGGUGCGCGCUAGACUCGUCCCUCUACAGCAGAGAACAGCAGCGCGUCCAUCCUGCCGUGGAGCCGGGAGCGUGGAGCUGGGAGCGUGGAGCCGCCAGGAGAGAACCGAGCGCGACAGAAGAUGGACGGAGUGGGAUCGUUCGGAGCGGGCCGCACCGGGUCCACCAUUGACCCCAUCGCCUUCGCCAAACAACCAACCACCAUCCUCAGAGUGUUAACCUGGAUAUUUUCCUUGGUGGUGUUUGCGUCCAUUGUGAAUGAGGGUUAUGUUAACUUGGGCAGUGAGCGUCUCCACUGUAUCUUCAAUAAAAAUGCAGACGCUUGCAACUAUGGUGUGUUUGUGGGCCUGGUCGGUUUGCUGGCAAGUUCGUUCUUCUUCCUCGUCGAUUACAAGUUCUCCUCCAUCAGCUCAGUCAAAGACAGGAAAAAGGCUAUAAUGCUGGAGAUUGGCUUUUCAGGUUUCUGGACCUUCUUGUUCUUUGUCAGUUUCUGCUUUCUGGCCAAUCAGUGGUCUCGAACCUCGCCUGACAUGCUGCCUCUGAACCAGGGAGCAGACGCCGCCCGAGCUGCUAUCGCUUUCUCUUUCUUCUCCAUUAUUACCUGGGCUGGUCUAACGGUCCGUGCGGUGCAGAAAUACCUUCUCGGCACAGACAUGACCCUUUUCACCACAGAGCACAUGGACGGCGGCGCACCUUCCCAGCCGUACCCCUCCAACUCACCAGGGGGCGGCACCACUGAGACCACGGAGACAUACCAGAGCCCACCUUUUACUGAGAACAAUGCAGCACCUACAUACCAGGUGCCAAUUUAUUAAAGAUUAGACCGACGUGUAAAGGGUUAGCGAAAGAAAACUGCUGUCUGCAACGCUGUAUGUGUGUGUUGGAUUUGAAAUUUAUCAGUGAUCAUAUAGUCCGGCCUGUCAUUCUCAGUUUCCUCCUCUUGCCACUUCUAAAACUUCCGUGACAUUCCAGUUAGAGCUGCACACACAAUAUGACUUCAGCAUAUCCAGUGUCUUUAUACGAUGAUUUAAAUAAAGCAAGAAGAGCAAACGGAGACAAACAGGUCGUCUUUUGAUCGCGAAAACAUUGGACAAAAGGAAAAAAAUCUGUCAGUAUUAAACUUACAAAACCUCUUUCUUAUUUUAUCAACUUUGCACCUUUAAAAAAAAAAAAAAAAGUGUCAAAACUGUCAUGCCAAUCGAAACAGGGAUUGUUCCAUCUGUACUACAGCAUUACGAGUCGUAGUGUGUAGUUUUUCCCUGCAACGACUUAAUAUGAAAACAUGUAUUGAUUCUGCAUGUCAACUAAGUGCCAUGCUGUACUGUGACUCACACAGUGUUUUGGCAACGUAUUAUAAUAACUCAACUAAAUAAUCUUAAUAAAGCAUGAACAAAGACGUAAUUCACACUGAGCAAAAAGUUUAAGGAUCAUUCGGGCUUAGUAAAUACUUAUCCUAACUCUAACCUUAAGAAAACAGUCGUUGUUCUUGCUUUAUUAAGGCAAAUUAUGGUGUAGUUAUUAUAAAAUGUUACCAUGUUUUGAUUUAGUAGGUUUCCACAUGCUGUUAAAAAACAAAAAUCUAAAAAACAUUGUGACCAAGUGCAAUAUAUCACAUUUCUGUACAGCGGUUUUAAGUGUAUUCUGUACUGUAGGUAGGCAAGUUACUGUGGACUCAUUUAAUUCUAGGCACUGUCUCAAAUCAUAUACUUGUCCAACUGCAUUAAAAUCUCAGGCAUGUAUUUUAUUUCCAACUAAAGACUGAAAAAAGACGUAUCUAGCUAUUCCUUCGACUCAAACCAAGUCAUAUUAUCCCUUAUAGUCUUCCUCCGUGUUCCAGAUUUCAACAGUGUUACAAAGAUCUUAGAGUAUCACCCGUCUAUGUACAGUCGAACCAGGGAAUGUACGCGGUAUGUCAUUUGAGACAGUGUCCGAUGUUGAGUGUUGUGUCAUUAAAUAUAAGAGAGGUUCCGGAUAAGUCAGGUUUUUUAUGUUUACGUUGUAGAAGCUGCCAAACUGCCCUCUGUUCUUUCUUAUUACGGAGUAUCACAGUAGUACUACUUAUUGUUUAUGUAAUAUUAUGUAAUCAUACAGUCUAAGUGUGGCCGGGGGUAAAAUAAUGAGCGAGAGAGAGAGAUGCUGAAUGAGUGGGCACAGUCUCAGGCUAAAUAAGAAUCAGUUUGUGGGAUGCUAAUCUAUUGUUAGCUUGAAAAUUCAUUGAUUCUGCGAUGGGGUUAUCGGGA